AUGGAAGCUCGAGUAGCCAGCGCCAGUAAGGUCCGAAAAGAAAGGAUUGCAGCGGUGGGGUGCAGGGCCGAGCAGAUUAGCGAGAGCAGGGCGGAUAUGCCAGAAAAGGUGUCGCUUCCGAUGCUAUCGACGCUGCUGAGCGCAGAUCAGGUGGUGUCGCCGCAGCCUGUGCGUCUGAGUAAAUUUAAGAUGGACGGCGACGGGAUUAUCAAGCUACCGCCGCUGCGGGGCACGUCACCACAGAUGUACACGUGUAGGCCCCUUGCGCCGGUUGCACGACGGGCAGAGGUCGAGGAGCACGUGUCUCGGCGCGCGUCCGGGACUGUGUCCCGCGAGGGCACGCCUCUAGUGAAGGGGGAGAGCACUGCACGGCAGCCAGUGCUGUUACUAAAGAUGCCGGGCGUGGCUGAAGCCGUGCGGCCACUGGAGAGGGCCCGUGAAGGCGUUCUGGCGGCCGUAAUAGGCGGCAUCGCAACGCCCACGCAGCGCAAAUCGUAUCCGGCGCCGGCCAAGCAGUCUUUUGCGUUUAUAUCACACUCGCAGGAGACGUUUCUGUCGCAGGAGCCAUCGAUUGACAACGCUCCGCUUGCGCGCCGCAAGCGUAGGAGGACAUCCAAGCACGAGCUGACGAUUCUACAGCAAGAAUUUGAUCAGUGCCGCACGCCAUCUAAGGAGAAGCGGAUUGAGUUAGCAACUCGGUGCAAUAUGACUGAGAAGGCUGUCCAGAUUUGGUUUCAGAAUAAGAGACAAAGCAUGAAAAAGAAGCGCAAGGAGAGGGAUUUCGCUGACCGCUUGCCUUCAACUCCGGAGUCGUACGUCAAACUAAUGCAAGUCACGAACUCGCCCCUAGAGGCGACUUUCGUCGAACGACGCUCAGAAAACCAGGCAGGUAUGUACUCUGCAGGUCAGAAACUAGGUAUCCAAACGCCUGAGAAGACCGAUAGUCAUAAUAAGACUGGCGCAUCCGCUUCAUCUUUCCUGGACAUGGCAUCCAGGAGAAUAACGCCGGUUUCAUCGCCCUCCAGUGCAUCACAUAACUGCAAAGGCCAAGCGUUAACAUUUCGUUUACGGUCCGGUAAACAACUUACUCCGAUUCAGACGUCACCGAACAACAGGGUCAAUAAAUUAAUUAAUGGCGGUUCGUCCAAGACAGCCCUGUCUGUUUCGGCCCCCGAAUCUGGAACCGACAAAGCGCUGGCAGAACAUAUUGCCUCGCCCAGCAGAAAGUGUAAGCUUGAUAUCAAACCAAAAGGAUAUCCGUUAGCAGAGAUUAAUCUUAAUACUCUGAACAGAUAA